AAUUUUAAGUCAUUGAAUUAUGUUUAAUAAAGGUUAAUAAAUCAAAAAUUUAUUGAAAUUAUGAAUAAAUCAACAAUUAAAGAAGAAAUUUUCAUUAUUUUGAAAUCAAUUCAAUGUAAAUUUAUGAAUAAUUAAUUAAUAUUUGAAACGUAACCUCAAAAUCUAAAAACAUAACCUCAAAAUCAUUUCCGUUAUUUAAAGCAAGAAAAAUGAGUGAAUCAAAAAAAAUGGGAGCUUCCAAGUAUAAAAAUAAUCAAAAAUACAAAAAUAAGUCAAAAGUGGUCCCUAAAGAGAAACAAUCAGAUUCCGUCGACGACGAAGAUAAAAUCGUGAUAGAUAAUGAUUACCCUUACAGAAGACGAGGUUUAGAAAGUAACUGGCAUAGAUAUGAAGUUAUAGAUGUACCAGAAUCAGAAGAAAUUAUUGAUGUAGCUAAAGAUUUUUCAGCAAUCGUUUCAGCUCCUAUUUCCCAAGGAAAUUAUUUCAAAUUUAAAGCAGACAAAAGUCUGGAUAACCUAAAAGAUGAAGAAAUAAAAUGCGAAAUGUUCAAAAUCGAUAUGAACACAUUGAGUUUGGGUUUAUUGAGCAUUCCAUUUCAUAUUCGAUGUGGUAUUGAUGAAAAAUGUUUUAGUGAAAGCAGUUUAAACGAAAUUUUGGCAGAUGCUGAGAGUGCAAAAAUAAAUUAUUUGAAACUUUUAAAAGAGAAUGAUGAGAAAAAUGUUCAAAUUAAAGAAGAUGAAAGUAAAUCAACAAAUAAGAUUUUAACUGGUUUAAUGGGUGAUGAUUUGAAUGAUUUAAUUAAAAAUGAUGGUGAUAAUAAAGAAUGUUCAAUUACAAAUUUUUCUACUAAGGAAUUGAAGGGAUUAAAAGAACCGAAAGAAAAAGAUGAUUUGGAGAAGUGGUUGGAUGAUAUUUUAGAUGAUUAAUUAAUUAUUAGUAUGUUUAAUGGAAUAAAGAUUUUUUUGGAAUAAAUUGGAACCUAUUUAGACUGAUUAUUGCUUUAUAACUUUAAAAAGUUUCAUUAAAUCCAAAAAUUAAAACUGAUUGAAACAAAAUGUUUGAAGAAAUGAGUUUUACAAAAUGUUUGGAUGAUAAUUUAGUUGAUAAAAUAAAUAGAUUAUACAUU